GUCACCGUGCGAUCGAGUGGUCGGUAUAAGCGCAGUCUACGAUAGUCUUUUGGCCUGUAGCGUGGCGUUGGCGCACAAUAUUGUACUCGGCGUAUAUACGUGGCUCAGUAGGUGUGCGUGUGCGUGUGUUACCUUCGUUGGCAAGCCGUAAGAAGCCGGACAGUGUCUCAAGUCAGUAAAGGCAAAGAUGUCGAGGCGCGAGGUCUCGCUACCAUUACUUGCUACGCUGCUACUGUUGGCAGCCGUUGUUGUCGAAGGCUUUCCCACCCCUCACGAGGACGACGGUAACUCGUCUGGUUCGCGGCCAUUCAUCGAAUUCACUAAAGGCGGAAUCCGAGUUAACUUUGCCGGCUACCAUGCGCAAGCUGGACUUGGAGGUCUCCUGACUGGUCGAACAGCUGAUGGCGGCUUACAUGCAAGUGCUGGUACACCUGCAGGUGCACAUGCCAGUGCGGGUCUUGGUGGUAGCUUAGACGGCGGACCUACUGGCGGCCUUCAUGCCCGGGCUGGACUGGGAAAUGGUGGACCCGAAGCCGAAGCAGGUCUCGGUGGUACCCUUUCUGGGUCUAAACCUCAAGGUGAAAUUUUCGCCAAGUCAUCUGCAGGAGGUCUUGUUUUACCACAGAAGACAAUUGGCAAGAACAUUCAAGUGAUCGAACCCAAAAGGAAUGACCAACAGGUAUCAUCUUCUUCUGCUUCUGUUGACGCAUCAGCCGCAGCUUCUACUAAUGACGCAGUGAUAGCCGAUGAAAGGAGCCAGUCCCCGGCACGCUUGUACUUUCAAAAGCGGCUUCACGAGCGCGUCACCCAGUCCAGCCCUUAUUAUGACUCCCUAAAAAAUGCCCAAGCAGAAACUGCUCCGAAAGCAACUACAGAUAAAGAGCCGACGACAUCGACCUCGAAAUCAUCACCACCACCACAACCACAUGUCAAACUUAACGCCCCAGGAGUAUUCACCAGAGCUGUCUCCGGUGUUGACGCCGCCACAAAUGCCGGAAGCAGUACUUCAAACAAUUUAGGAUAUAAGAAAAAGACGACGCUUUUCGAUGACAUCUUCAACAUCCCCAUCUCUGCUUUGAAUGCAGUAAAUCAACUGCUCAGGAAUCAUGUUGGCAAAAAAUGAAGAAAUUGUUAAUCUACUAUAAUUAUUUGUGUUUUAUAAGAACAAAGAAGAAUCCAUUGUAUUCAUAAUUUAUAAGUACAACCUGUUGUAGACUCGCAACUAAGUAACGUACUAGAAUUUUAAAUAAUAAUCACGCAACGUAUUCCUUUGUGAUUUGCAAACAAAUUCACUUAAAUACUCUUUUUCGCCACUUAGAUAUUCUUGAACCAUUAUAUUGCUUAUGUUAUUGUAGGAAGAACACAAAUCACGUGCUUGAUGAAAUUUGAAUGAAUUUACGUCUGUUUGAUCGUCCGCGGUAGCUCGUGCACUAAUGCAAUAGCUUCGGCGUUAGCGUCGUUGAUUUUGUAUAUUUUGAGGUAACCUUUUUUAUUUUUAUUUAUUGUAGUGGUGUGUAUCUAGAAAGAUUUUUUACAAUUUUACAAUCGAUUACUAUUUCUGUAUUAAAAUAGUUGUUUGUUGAUGUAAUGUGAUAUAAUAAAUAAAUAUACUACGGAAAAAAAUUGAUUAUUCUAACAUUUAUUGGAUAUUAUAUCUUAAAUUAGCAAUGGCAAUUCGGAAAGUUUGUUAAAUCUCUAAUAAAUUUGAGUAAUCAAAUAUGGAAGUAUUCUUUUGACACGCACUUUGUAAAAAUAUUUAUUUGAAAGAUUGGAGCAAUUUAUAAAACAAGGUUCAUGUCAAUGCAAACACUUGAUGUAUACACUGUGAAACUGUUUAUUACCGUAUUGUUGCAUUAUACAUAUAUAUACAGUAAUUCCAUUUUUAAUGUAUUUAUAGUGUGAAGUAAUUGGAAUAUUAGUCAAAAGAUUUUAUAUAUUGAAACGAAAUCAUUAAUAGAUUACUACUAUCAUUAAUCGUUAAGUCGCCAAUAUCGUACUAUUGUAAAAAUGAUAGAACUGAAACGUUCACCAGCCUCUAUAGGAGAAACUUCAAAAGCGUAUACAACAUUCCUAGUGUUGGUAAGGUAGAUAGCGCGGACUUUUCGCUGAAAAAAUACAAGCUACACGGAAACUUUGAACUGAGUAAAAUUAUUUAUACAUGCCAAAAAAUCUUUAACCGGUCAUUGCGUGCGCUCAACAAUAUGUAGAAAAUGAACAAAUAAAAUGUUGUUGUAUUCAGAUUUUGAUGAUAAUCAUGCACAAUGUGAUAAAAUGCACUCAUAAGCGCGAGUUUUUCAAUUAGUCACGUAUUUCAGGCAAUAUAAGAAGCGACGAUCGAGGAAAAUGUUUAGCUAUUAACAGUAAUGUUAAGUGAGUGGUAUGAAUUAUUUUUAACUUAAUCAAGAGUCGAAAUUUCAUACGAUAAAAUUUAAUUUAAUUAUAUUACUAUAUAUAUGUGAUUGUACGAUUGUAUAAGGAAAUGGUUUGGGAAUCAGAAACAACUUACCCAAUACGUAAAGUAAACAUUUCCACAAAAUAAACGCAUAAAAUAUAAUAAAACGCAGUUUCAUUUAACCUAAAAUUAAAUCGUUACUGUUCAUGAAGAGAAAAAAGAUGAAAAUAAAUGGAUUUUUUAUUUUCUCUUUCAUCAUAGGAACUUUUUCCUUGUCCUUAAAUAAAAAUUCAAUAAAGGCAAAUUUAACCGAGGAUGCUACUACUUUACCGUCCGUAGAUAUUGCAAAAAGUACUACAAGGGUCUUCAUGGAUUUAGUCUCCACUAUCUACGGCCUUCAAAAAACAAUCCAAACGCCAGAUGAUAGUGAAGACCAGGAAGAGCAAAAUUCAUCAAAUUCUGAAGAAGAAACCACGUAUUCAAGCUUUGAUGAAGAUAACAUUGAAGAAACAUACAAACCUGAAGACGAGCUAACUGACUUCAGUGCAAUUACUACUAUCAAACCUCAGCUUCACCCUUCAUAUUUCGCACGGUUUAAAGCUCGAAGAAAUGCAGAGUAUAACUGUGAAGUUGUUAAUGAAAAUUCUGAAACUAAUAAUGAAGAGCUGUCCGAUGCAUAUUGCACAGAAAAGAUUAAAGAAACAACUAAUGACAACGAAAAUGCUAAAGAAUACGACAGUAAAUCUGAAUCUUCUACUGAGUCAAGUUUAGAAAAUAAUACAACCUAUGACAUUCCUUAUUACAAAACUACUUAAGAUAAAUUCGUUAAUAAUACACAAAUAGAUAGUAAUGGACAAGAUGAAAUAAUCAUUUUCUAAAAUACGUUAUAUUCAUAUGAUCAAAUGCAUUAAUUG